CAGAGGAGCUGAGGCGAGAUGAGGACCGUGGGGUUGAGCCUGGGGCUGGUGCUGCUGUGCUUGCUGCGUGUGCAGGCUGGGGGCCUGGGAACUGCGGAGCCAGACGAGAGCAAGAUUGCAGGGACAUGGUACAUCACUGCUAUGGCCUCUGACUCCGAGAGCUACCUCCAAAACAAGGACCAACUGAAGAUGGCAAUGGCCAACAUUGAGGUCCUGGGGAAUGGUGACCUGAAGGUCUCCUUUGCAAUUCCCACCCCUGGGAGAUGUAUGAAGUUUGAAUUGAUCUACAUGCCAACAGGCAGCCCCGGUGAAUACUACAGCUCUGACAGAGGCAAUAAGACGGUGCGGCUGGUGGAUACCGACAGCAGUUCCUACAUGGUUGUCUUUGCCACCAGAGAGAAAGACGGGAAGACCUUGCACAUGCUGAGACUUUACAGCAGAACCCAGUGGGUGAGACCCAAAAUCAAGUUGCUGUUCAAGAGACUUGCUAAGCUGAAUGGCUUCACCGAUGAGACAAUCUGGAUUUUGCCUAGGCAGGAGGAAUGCAGACUUGGUGAACUGUAGGUGAGUUGCCACAGUGCAAAACGGUGUUUGCAAUGUUCUCUCCUGGAAAUCGACCCUCUUGGUGCCCCCAAGGCAAGGGCCACCGAGAACUCUUUGAAUUCCUCUGGGGUUGAGCUCUUUGAACUGGUGCAGGACCUUGCACACAGGUAGGACCAUUCCUUUGGAUACUGCUCUACAGCAGGGACCCCUGGGUAGCAGUACCCAGGGACUCCCAAGGAGCAGUGUCCAGAGACCCCCAGUGGGAAGUAUCUGGCACUCAACAUGGGCACGUGAGCUGAAACCACCAGAGAAAUGUCUGCCAGCCCUUUGAGCAGUGAGGGCCAGGACUCGGCUCCUGCCAAAGGGACCCUGGGCUUGUGGACUGGCAAACCUGGCCACAGUGGGUUGGUGUCUCACCAUGCAAACCAUAUUUGCUCUUGCCUCCCUAGCCUGUGCUUUCCCACCACACAGCUGUAGGGGUUACUAGAAAUCCAUUGCUGGAGAUGCCUCACCCUACAAAUCUGGGGAGAACUGGAGAAGAAUGCAUUGAUCCUAAUGGAGAGUCCCACUGGUCUCCUUGCCUCACCCAGACACCACCUGUCCCACCUGUUUUCCAGAAAGUGCAGACUGGCUUGUGGAUGCUCUUGCCAAGCAAUGCAAGACCCAUGCUCUGAAGCUCCAGGCUCCUGCUCCACCAUCCUUCUUCCAAGCUCUGUUCUCAGGACUGGGACACAGCCCCUGCUCCUCCAGCACACAGUCCCUGCUUUUUGUCAAAUAAACAGAAA